CUCCAACUCUAUCUCUUCCCCGCCAUACGCAGCAUUAUCUCCAGCCCGCCCGCCCGCCCAUCCUCACGAUGCCUCCCAACUCCUCUGCCGCCGCCAAAAAGAAAGCCUCCAGCAAGCCCGCCGACGAAAAGGAAGAGGACGAGAUCCUCGACUCGUGGGAGACGGCGUCGCUGUCCUCAUCCGGCGACGAGGGCGAAGCCGAGCCCAGCUCCAGCGCGACCAACCCGCCUGCUUCCAGCACCACCACCACUACUCCCACACCCACAUCGCCGCUCGGGCACCGGCGGGGGUCGUCCGCGACGCUCGGUAGUCCUCCCCCGGCGCCCACUUCGUGGGCGCGCCCCAUCGACGAGGAAAAGGCGCCCGGCGAGCGCCCGGCGAAAACGGACGCGGUAGCGCGACGGAUGAUUUCGGCGGCGCUGGGGGUGCGCACGCGGAGUACGAAGGAGCAGAGGGAGUUUGAUGCGGCGCUGAGGGAGAAGGAGAAGAAGAGGCGCGAUGAGGAGAGGACGAGGAAGAGAGAUGAGGAGAGGAGGCAGGAGGAGGCGAAGAGGAGUGUUUGGGAGGAUUAGGAUUAAGCAGGCGCGCGCCGGAAUUGUAUUGGCUGUCCGCGGCAGGCGGGUUUUUGGUUAGCGAUAUCGUGUGGUUUAUGAUAUAUAUAUCGACAAUGGGGGGGAUGGGCGUUGGAUUAUGGAUAUGUGUGCAUUUGGGGGCGGGGUUCGUUCGGUCGGUCGUGUGCGGUUUGGGUUAGCGGAGUAUAUAAUGGAUGUCAUGGCUUGGAUAUGGGCAGUGCCUAUGCGCUUUGCGGAUCUGAUAGUCCGUGGUUCGGAAUAUUGCACUCAGCGGAUCGAUCUUGAAAUG